AUCUGAUAUGAUACGCGACAGCAAAAAACAAAAUACAAACGCAACUUUUGUUUGCAAUGUUUGGGGAAUACGAGUUUGCAAAAUCAGCAAAAACGUACUUUUUAUAAAACGAAAAAUAACAUUAAGAUAAUGGAAAAGGCGAAAAGAAAGUCGAAAGCAAGUAAAACUGAAGUUAUUGAGCGCGAAGUUGUUAAACAGGGGAUAGGCUCGUUUAAUUUUUCGAAUGGCGACUCGUACGAGGGCCGAUACAUGAUUGUAAAUAAGAAGGAAAUCUAUCGGCACGGGUACGGCAUUUACAGAACUUACGACGGAGACGCGUACGAAGCAGUUUGGGAUAAGGAUACCGUAUGCUCCAAUUUUCACGCAACCUACGGCAACAAAGCCGAGUACAUAGGCGAACUCGACGAACAAGGCGCAUUCAGUGGUAAAGGAACCUACAUUUUCCCAGACGGUACUUCUCUAACUGCAAUUUGGAAGGACAAUCAUCCGCGUUCGGACUUCAUUUACACCGAUCCUCUAGGACAUGAGUGGUACGGCAGGUCAUCGAAAAGCAACCAAGCCGAGAACAACAUGUGGGUGAUCGAGUGGCGCGAGCUAUUCGCGCUGCUGUACGACUCGACGAUAUUCGUGGUGAUGUCGUUGAUUUACGCGCUGGAGGCUGCGAUACUCACCUUCGUACCACGGCGCUAUCGUAGCAAAAAUCUGCGCGAGGAGGUGGCCCUCGUGACUGGCGCAGCCGGUGGCAUCGGACGGCUUAUCGCGCAAAAGCUCGCCUCCAAGGGAUGCAGCGUGGUUGCCUGGGACAUCAACCAGACAGGAGUCGAGGAGACUGCCAAACUCAUACAGGAGGCUGGAGGCAAAUGUUGGGCCUAUCACUGCGACGUUUCGGACAGGGAGAAGGUUUACAAGACCGCCAAGGCUGUCAAACUUGACGUUGGAAAUGUGACGAUAUUAAUAAAUAAUGCUGGCUACGUUUACGGCAGUACUCUAUUGGAUAUUCCCGACGAUGAAAUCGAGAUGACUUUCAAAGUCAACAUCAUUUCACACUAUUGGACAACAAAAGCAUUUUUGAAAGAAAUGAUGCGAGAAAAUCAUGGCCAUAUCGUCACCAUAGCAAGCGUGGCUGGACUUCUAGGCACUUACAAUUGCACUGAUUAUUGCGCUACAAAGUUCGCUGCUUGCGGUUACCACGAAAGCCUCUUUACGGAGCUGAGGACCCACGGUUACGAUGGCAUUCAAGCGACGUUGGUUUGUCCUUAUUUCAUAAACACCGGAAUGUUCAGUGGAGUGAAGCCAAGAUUAAGGCCAAUGCUCGAGCCAGAAUAUGUUGCCAGUGAAGUCGUAGCAGCAAUCGGUGCAAAUGAAAAUUGGGUUAUAUUGCCCAGAGCAAUGAGAUACUUUCUGCCUCUUAAAUUUUGGAUGCCGGCUAAAAUGUGCUGGGCUCUGAUGUAUCAUAUCAUUCAAGGUCCUCAGACAAUGAUGAUGAUGAAGGCUCGCAAGGAGUUUCAAAUAUUGAGAUCCAACAAUAGGACCCCCUCCAGUAGGUGUAUAAUGAUAUCCAUAGAGAUUUAAUCCCAUUAAUAUCUGAGAUCUCUUUGGAUCAUAAGUUUUGGGUACAAGAUAUUCAAUACAUUUUCGUACCCAGUUAAUUGGUGCAUUUGGUCCAGGACGUUGAACACUUGAGUAGUCAUAAGUCAUAAGUGAAAAAAAUCUGAUAUGUGGUG